AUGGCCCAAGCUUGGGCCUUCCUCCUCCCGGUCCUCGUCCUCGGCUCCUACGCGUCCCACCUCCUCCUCCCCACCUAUAUAACCAGCUCCUUCUGCAGCGGCGGCGAUGGAGCGAGAUCCUUAUUCCUCUGCGCGCAGGCUCCCAAGGACCAGGACCCGUCUCCUGCCAGCACCAUGUACAAGACCGCCUUCCACUUCCAGCCCGCCAAGAACUGGAUGAACGAUCCAUCUGGUAUGAAUAUCUCAGGACCAAUGUACUUCAAUGGCAUCUACCAUGAAUUCUACCAGUAUAACCUCAACGGCCCCAUUUUUGGUGACAUAGUUUGGGGCCAUUCGGUUUCAACAGACCUUGUCAACUGGAUCGGGCUUGAACCCGCGUUAGUGCGGGACACCCCUAGUGACAUAGACGGUUGCUGGACCGGCUCAGUCACCAUUCUGCCUGGUGGUAAACCGAUCAUCAUAUACACUGGUGGUGACAUAGAUCAAAAUCAGGCACAAAACAUCGCGUUUCCGAAAAACCGGUCUGACCCAUACCUGAGGGAAUGGAUCAAAGCAGACAAUAACCCGGUGCUCCGACCGGACGAACCAGGGAUGAACUCGAUCGAGUUCAGGGAUCCGACAACCGGUUGGAUCGGACCGGAUGGACUGUGGAGGAUGGCAGUUGGUGGUGAGCUGAACGGCUACAGUGCUGCGCUUUUGUACAAGAGUGAAGACUUUCUGAAUUGGACAAAAGUUGAUCACCCACUGUAUUCACAUAAUGGAUCCAAUAUGUGGGAGUGUCCGGAUUUCUUUGCGGUAUUGCCGGGCAAUAACGCUGGACUGGACCUGUCCGCAGCGAUCCCACAAGGCGCCAAGCAUGCCCUCAAAAUGAGCGUGGAUUCAGUUGACAAGUACAUGAUCGGGGUGUAUGAUCUCCAUCGUGAUGCCUUUGUGCCAGAUAAUGUCGUAGAUGACCGUCGGCUGUGGCUGAGAAUAGAUUACGGCACUUUCUAUGCUUCAAAAUCAUUCUUUGACUCGAACAAGAACAGGAGGAUCAUAUGGGGUUGGUCUAGGGAGACAGAUAGUCCUUCAGAUGAUCUUGCAAAAGGUUGGGCAGGACUCCAUACAAUCCCCAGGACAAUUUGGUUAGCCGGCGAUGGCAAGCAGUUGUUACAAUGGCCAGUUGAGGAGAUUGAGUCCCUUCGAACAAAUGAAAUCAACCAUCAAGGACUAGAGCUCAACAAGGGAGAUCUAUUUGAGAUCAAGGAAGUUGACGCUUUUCAGGCUGAUGUAGAGAUAGGUUUUGAGCUGGCGUCCAUCGAUGACGCCGAUCCUUUUGAUCCUUCCUGGCUUUUGGACCCUGAGAAGCAUUGUGGGGAAGCGGGUGCAUCAGUUCCUGGUGGUAUAGGUCCAUUUGGACUUGUCAUUCUGGCCUCCGACAACAUGGACGAGCACACUGAGGUGUAUUUCAGAGUCUACAAGUCACAGGAAAAGUACAUGGUACUCAUGUGCUCUGAUCUAAGAAGGUCUUCCCUGAGACCAGAUCUGGAGAAACCAGCCUAUGGAGGCUUCUUUGAAUUUGAUCUUGAAAAGGAAAGGAAGAUAUCACUCAGAACUCUGAUUGACCGGUCGGCGGUGGAGAGCUUCGGUGGCGGUGGCAGGGUUUGCAUCACAUCCAGAGUUUAUCCAGCGGUGCUGGCCGACGUCGGCAGUGCCCACAUUUACGCUUUCAACAAUGGAAGUGCCACGGUCAGGGUGCCACAGCUCAGCGCAUGGACCAUGAGGAAGGCACAAGUGAAUGUGGAGAAGGGUUGGAGUGCUAUUUAA